UUUCCUUUUUCGCUCCUUCGUCUUCGCUUCUGCAAGCUUAGCAUUGGGACGUCCAAGGCUGAGAUGAGUACAAUGAUGUCCUGGGCCAAGAGAAGGGAGAAGCUUGGUUUUCUCGGUUUACGAGGAGGAUGGUGGGAAGAUGUGUGAGGGAGGAAGGUAUAAGAAGAGCUGCAUUUUUUAUUUUGGUUUCGUUUCGUUUCCUCUCGUUUUGUCUCCGUCUGUCGGCUUCGUCCAUUGACUUCCAACUCCUCACGGAUCAAGCUUGAGCGAAGAGCAAAAGUGCCGCUUUUGCCCCUUCUCAACCGGUCCGUUUUGAGAAAGCAGAAGAAAAAUAACCGGGAAAGAUGAAGUCGCUCGUAUUCCUCCUCGCCGCGGCCGCUCUGCCCGCCGCCAUCGUCGCGCAGUCGUCUACUCCCGAGACUGCGACCGCGACGACUACAACGCCGCUAGGAGUGGCAUCGUCGACGUCUGCUGUUUGCGAAGCGCAUGGUGAUCACUGGCACUGCCCCCCCGGCGUCCCCACCCCAACCACCGCGCCCCACGACCACAACGACGAUACACCCGAUGAUCAUACCCAUGAAGAAGAAGAUGGAGAAGGCCACGACCAUGACCAUGAGGAAGAUGAUCAUCACGACACGCACGUUACAGCUACCACGUGCGUUCCCCAUGGCGACCAUUGGCAUUGUCCUUCUGGUGUCGCGGAGCCAAUGACGCCGCCUGCGCCGGAGUCUUCGGCUUCGAGGACUUCUUCGGGCGCGAGUGCGGCGACGACGGGGACGACAACGACGCUGUUCGUUUGAGUUUAAGGGGAGUGGAGAGAGGAGGGAAGGAAAGGAGGGGAUGGGUUGAGUGGAGGGUAUGUAUGUGCUUUUGUCUCUCCGUAGUGUGUC